AUCACACUCACACUCUUCCCAGGAAGCUGCAACAGUUGCUCUGUACCUCCCUCAGCCUCAUGAUGAAGUACCUCCUCCCUCUCCUCUCCCUCCUGCCCGCCCUGGCUAUGUCAGUGGACCCCACCACCGUCUGUUUUGCGCCAAAGAUAGAGUUCAACUUGUACUGGAGCAAAUAUGAUAUAAGUACGUUUGUCGCUGUGGAUUACGCCAACUCACGCGCGGUCAUGAAAAACUCCACCUCUCGCAACGUGAUCGACCUCAAGAACCUAACUCCACCCUCUUGACCACCACUACUCUGGGAGCGGGAAACAACGCCCUGCCCAUCCAGGUGUGGGACGUCCCUCUUCCUUUCGGCGUGAGCAGAAUGGCCUUGCAGGCAGUGGGCAACUACUUCGUGCCCGUCAUCUUGAAGGAUGCACGUGUGCCUGAUCAGCUCAUCAUCUACACGGGCACCAAACUGUCUAUCAGCGACGCCAGCCUCUUCCAAAUCCCCACCGUGUGCCCCGCUGCUCCUGCCGUCUGAAUAACUCACCACAAACCAACCACCACCACCACCCCACUUUCUCCCCGUGGACAACUCGUGGGGGUCUUCAACGACAGACGUCACACACAGACCUACCAGUGGAAACUGUUUAAGAGUUAACAAAUAAAAGGAAAUAUUAUGGUUCA